UUAAUAUUUUAUUUCGUAUCAAACAUUUAACAUAAGGGCGGGAACUCUACCACCAACUCCGUCACUCCGUUACCUUCGAUUUCACAUAAUCCGUCAUGGAAAAGUACGCAGUUCCGGUGGCUCCGAUCGGUGAAAACCCUAAGCCAAUCACAAGGUCGCACUGGAAAAGAAGCCUCGUUGAAUUGACCGGAAAAUGCGAUCGUCAUCACCUUCACGACGUCGCCCCACGGCUGAUGCAAUCGUAUUCCGAAAUUGGGGCAUUUCUGCAUAAGUAUAAGUAUCAUAACGAGGGUACACCUUGCAAAACGCAUUUUAGACAGUAUUAUCGUUUUGUUCUGGAUGAACCGCCCUCAGUUAUCACCGGCAUCAGACAGUCAGUGUUGGGUGUCUCUGCGUUGGAAUUUGAUGCAAAGGGAAUAUAUUUGGCAUCAGUGACUAAACCAGGGUGCUUAACAGUACACGAGUUUGAAUCUCUAUACUGUCAGAGUAAUGGGUCUGGUACAAGGGAAGAUCAGGGGAAACAAUUGCUACACAUUCCUGUAUUUAGUGGUGCGAAUGCUGUUCGCUGGAAUCCUGCUAGUCAGGAUGAGGUUGUAUGUACAUCCCUGAUCAAUAAUGAAGUUCUUAUCUUUGACAUUGGUUAUGUUUCUUCUGAACCGACUGAGGUAUUAAGAAAAAGGCCUACUGUCAAUGUUCAUGGUAGUAGUGUGCGACAAGGUUUUUCUGACAUAGCCUUGUCUAAUGAUGAUGCAAGGGUACUUGCUUCCGAUACAUAUGGAGCAAUAAGUAUAUGGGACAGGAGAGCAAGCAAUCUUCCACAAUCUGGGCUUACAACUAAUGCGACUUACGGUCUCACCAGCAUCCAACUCGAUGAGAAUCAAUGUGUGAUUGGUGCUACAAAGAGUGGCUUUAUAUAUAUUUGGGAUCUACGUGGUGGAAGAUCUUCAGCUGCUUUUCAAAGUCACAAGGAGGCAUACUCUUCUCCUCUAACAUCAGUAAGGUUAUCAUCCAUGCUGAAUAAAAUCGGGCCUCUGAAGGCACAAUCAAAUAUUUUACCUAAAGAAAUAGAGUCUAUCAACAUUAAUCCUUCUUGUUCAUAUCAACUAGGGUUCCAUCUUGAUGAUGGUUGGUCUGGUGUUUUGGAUUUGCACAAUUUCCAAGUGUCACAUAUUCAUUGCCCUCCCCCUCCCUGGCUGGAUGAAUCAAAUGAUGUAAUUCCUAUGUCCCCACCAAGGAAAGCAUCAUGGCUACCUAAACACUCUAUUUAUGCAGUUGGGUCGACUUCAAAUAAUGGUCUGCACCUUUUAGACUUUUAUCCACACACCAGCUCUCCGUGCCAUGUAGAUUACGACGAAUCAAAGAAUCCCGGUGAGACCCUUGAGUGCAAACAAAAUGUAUUUGUACCAUUAUCUGGACUUGUUACUGCUUGUGCUACUCAUCCCCUUAAUGGAACCAUUGUUGCUGGAACCGUGGAAGCGUCUUUGUUAAUGAUUUCUCAAAAGCACCUUUGCAAGAAAGGAGAUGAUGAUGAUAUGAUGGCGACGUUGAGCAUUCAUGAUUCAUGAAAGACAAUAAACCCUGCAACCGUUGGUUGAACAGUAAAUAGGUUCAAAGGUUUCAGUGGCUGUUUUUGUCGUUUGGGAUUUAUAGAAUGAUGUAUUGUAUGUUGAUGGAAUCCCCCUCCUUCCUUUAUCUGGGAAUGAAUGGUGUGGAUUUGAAUGAUAACGAGUCUUGUACGAUAUGGCGUGAGUUGGUUAUGGUUGACAUGAUUCAAUGUUAUGAGAGGAUAGUAAUAAAGGUCCUUGAUAUUCAAAUUUAAUCACGAUUAAAGGAAA